AGCGCUCGUUGAACUUUGCAUGCAUGCACGUCUUUACAAGCACAGAUGCAUCUAAAUACCAGAGUAUAUGUAAACGUGCCUUUGUACAAAGCAUUCCACUUAUCUAUCUGUAGAUUUCAUACGGAAUGUUAAUAGGAAUGCGCACGUGAGGACAGUAUCGAUAAAUAUCGCAUUACGCCGAAUAUUGCGUUUCUGUCGUGUGAAAUGUACGGCUUGGAAAACAUAUUCUAUGAAGGUAAAUAAAGAAAAAACGAGAAGGAAGAAAAGGGAGAGGGACAGAUCGGCGCCGAACGUUGCGGUUGGAAGUAGUAGAGGGAGGAAUACUCAUGUGGAAAAGCUCGCGUAUAUACGCUCGCGCAGACGUAUACUCGGGCAAGACGUGCUUCCAGUAGUAGUCAAGCCGCCGCGACGAGACGAGAACGCAGCAGCGGCGUCGUCCUUAUUUAUUCCUUCAUCGCCGCCGUUGCUUCGUCCCUCGUAGACGAUAUUCGACAGUUAUACACGGCUCUGAAGAAAUCUCACCGAGAUAUAAUACAUAUAUAACGGAUUAGUUUCUUCUAAUUUUGAAAUCUUGGAUCGGUGAAGUUUUUGUGAAGGAAGUGAUUUUGAAUUUGAAAGUUGAAGAAAAAAUUAUUUUAUAUGAUUGAAAUUUAGAAUAAAUUGUUUUGAAGUUUUAAUGAGAAUUGGUGAAAUGUAAUGAGGUUUGAAGAGUAGAGAGAUCGAUAGGAUUUCAAAGAUCCUAUCAACUAAUAAAUUUUAAUAAUCCUUCAGGAUCUUAGUCCUAAUUUUAAUAGUUAUAAAAACAAAUUAUGGAUUUCUGAAGUAGAAGUGAAAGUAUCGCGUCUAAAGAUUGCAAUCAUAAUUUGUAUGUACGAAGAUACAUUUAUCUCUAUGCAACACGUGCAAGCGUGAAAUAGUGCAAGGAACAAUUUCGAUGUGAACAAGAUUGAUCACGUGGGUAUCGCAAAAUGAGGUUAACGUUAAGUGUCAUUUGUUCGCUCCUGUUCAUCCUGCCAUCGUUUUAUACGCACCAAUGGCAAAAUGGUAGGAACGUGGAGUGCCCUCAUAAGUGUAUGUGCUUCGGGACUACUGUGAGAUGCAUGCUUCAGAAACUGAAUCGUGUACCACGGGUACCAACUAAUACGACAGUCCUUGAUCUACGGUUCAACAACAUAGCUGAGCUUCGACAAGGCUCCUUCCACAAUCUACCAGAAUUAGAUACACUUCUGUUGAAUGACAAUCGCAUCAGAUAUCUCUUACCAAAGACUUUUGAGGGUGCAUCAAAUCUGAGAAUUCUUUAUUUAUAUAAAAAUCGUUUGGAACAAAUUUCACCAGGAGCGUUUUCUGGUCUCCUGAAAUUGGAACAGCUAUAUCUACAUUACAAUCACCUGAGAGAAAUAAAAAAAGAUACUUUCAAUGAUUUACCGUCACUGGAAAGACUCUUCUUACAGAGCAAUAUGCUACAUCAUCUACCAGCGGACGCUUUUCACAAUGUGGGACCCAUGACGCGGCUUCGCCUAGAUAGCAAUGCUCUCGUUUGCGAUUGCAACUUAGUUUGGCUUGUGCAGAGGCUUCAAAGCAAACCAUCUGAAAUGGCGGCCAUUUGUCAGUCGCCGAACGAGAUGAAGGGAAGAUCGUUAACGACUAUGUCUAUGGAUGAUUUUCAUUGUACCGAGCCACGCAUAAUGAACGGACCCCAGGACGUGGAGGUAAGACUGGGUGGUACCAUUAGCUUUACCUGCGAGGUAAUAGGCGAUCCCAUACCAGAAAUCAAAUGGAUGCGUGAUUCUAACGAGGUAUCUGCCGAUGGGAAUCAUUACGUGAUACAGGAGGAUGGGACAUUAAUAAUAUCAGACGUGACGAAGCAAGAUACUGGUGAAUACGAAUGCGUGGCUAAGAGUGAAAUGGGUUUAACAAAAUCGAGAAAGGCCAGGGCGGUGAUCACGGUAUCACCGUCGUUAAGAUUCACCGAAUUACCCGAGUCACAGACUGUCCAAAUUGGCGUAGAUGUUUCUUUCACUUGCAAAGUGGAUGGUCGCCCUACUCCGAAUAUUCAAUGGUGGAGGAACGGUCAAUUGUUGAACGUGGGUGGUCGUGUCGCUAUCGAGAACGAAGGAAGUUUAUUGAAAAUUUUUGCCGUGAAGGAAACGGACACGGCGAGAUACGUUUGCCAAGCGAGAAACUCUAAUGGAUACGCCGAAACCAGUGCCGAUUUGAACGUGGUGGACGAGUCUUAUAGCCCCCCUAGGAUGACAUAUGAGCCUCAUGAUAUGGAGGCGGAACCUGGGACCAUUAUCGAGGUACCUUGCAGAGUGGAAGGGAUCCCAAAACCGGUGAUACAGUGGAAGAAGGAUGGAACAGCUAUGGAAGGAGAAAGAUUUCGAAUAUCUCGUGGGGGGAGCUUGUAUCUUUAUAAUGUUACUGCUGGGGACACUGGAAGGUACGAAUGUUCGGCUGUGAAUCAAUAUGGCCGUGCAACUGCUCAAGCUUUAGUGCGUGUUCGCCAACCAGAAGCAACAGAUGUGCUCGUGAUAAGAGCUUUUAAAGAUGCCACAGAAGAAAUCGAUCGAGCCAUAAACAACACUUUGAUGGAUCUUUUUAAUGGUGACAGACCUCAACACGUGAAUCCAUUUAGACUCGCACGUUUCCCAGAUGCUAUUGGUCGUGCGGCUGCCAGACCAGCAGAAAUUUUUGAAAGAACACUUGUUAAUAUACGACGAAUGGUAAAUUCUGGCUUGAGCGCAAACACUACCACUGAAUUUCGUUACGAAGAAAUUCUGACAGCAGAACAGGUCAGAGAAAUCGAAAGAUUAUCCGGAUGUACUGGUCACAGGCAUCGUCAGAAUUGCACGAAUAUGUGCUAUCACAAUAAAUACCGCAGCAUUGAUGGUAGUUGUAACAAUCUACGCCAUCCUACUUGGGGUUCCUCCUAUACUGGUUUUCGUAGAGUUUUACAACCAAUUUAUGAAAAUGGAUUUUCAUCACCAGUAGGUUGGGAGAAAGGUCGCCUUUAUUAUGGAUAUCCGAAACCUUCGGCACGUUUAAUCUCCACGACACUGAUAGCCACUCACAAAGUGACUUCAGACAAUGGGAUAACACAUAUGGUGAUGCAAUGGGGUCAAUUUCUAGAUCAUGAUUUAGAUCAUGCUCUACCAGCAGUUUCCAGUGAAUCUUGGGAUGGCAUAGACUGCAAAAAAUCUUGUGAUAAUGCUGCACCUUGUUUCCCCAUGGACGUACCCCGUAAUGAUCCCAGAGUUAAUAACAGAAGAUGCAUCGAUUUUAUUAGGACUAGUGCAGUUUGCGGUUCGGGUGCAACUAGUAUAUUAUGGGGUAGUUUUACCCCUCGAGAGCAAUUAAAUCAAUUAACUAGUUAUAUAGAUGCUUCUCAAGUAUAUGGUUACGAUGAUACUUUAGCCAGAGAUCUGCGUGAUCUCACUACUGAUCAUGGUUUAUUACGAGAAGGACCAACAAUUCCUGGUCAGAAGCCUCUACUUCCAUAUGCUUCUGGUCAAUUUGUUGAUUGCAGAAGAAAUCCUAUAGAAAGCACUAUCAAUUGCUUCGUAGCCGGAGAUAUCAGAGCCAAUGAACAAGUAGGUCUUUUGGCGAUGCAUACAAUAUGGCUGCGUGAACAUAAUCGCAUAGCUCGUUCGUUACGUGAUAUGAAUCCUCAAUGGAAUGGAGAAAAAUUAUAUCAGGAGGCCAGAAAAAUCGUUGGCGCUGAAAUGCAGCAUAUUACUUAUCAACAAUGGAUUCCUCAUGUGUUUGAUGGUACUGCCGAAGAACUUUUAGGCUCAUAUCGUGGUUAUGACUCUAAUCUUGAUGCUAGUAUCUCCAACGUUUUUGCCACUGCAGCUUUGAGAUUUGGUCAUACUUUGAUUCAACCUCGAUUGGAACGUUUUAACGAAUCUUUUCAAUCAAUUCCUCAGGGUCCUCUUAAGCUAAGAGACGCCUUCUUCUCACCUUGGAGAUUGGUUGAGGAAGGUGGCGUAGAUCCACUGAUGAGAGGAAUGUUUGCCACUGCAGCAAAAUUAAAAUUACCAGAAGAAAAUUUGAAUACAGAACUUACAGAACAAUUAUUCCGUACUGCUCAUGCAGUUGCAUUAGAUUUAGCUGCAAUGAAUAUCCAACGUGGUAGGGAUCAUGCUCUACCAAGUUAUUUGGAAUGGCGACGAUUCUGCAAUAUGUCUCACGUAGAGACAUUUGAGGAUCUAGUUGGUGAAAUUCGUAGCGCUAAGGUUAGACAAAAAUUAAGAGAAUUGUAUGGUCAUCCUGGGAACAUAGAUGUUUGGGUUGGUGGAGUAUUAGAAGAUCAACUCCCUAAUGCAAAAGUAGGACCACUUUUCAAAUGUCUUUUAUUGGAACAAUUCCGACGUACUAGAAAUGGGGACAGGUUUUGGUAUGAGAAUCCAACUGUUUUCAAACCAGAGCAACUCGCUCAAAUUAAACAGACGAGUUUAGCUAGGAUUCUAUGUGAUAAUGGUGACAAUAUUAACAGAAUUCAACCAAAUGUGUUCUUAUUGCCAGAAGGUGAUAAUAAAUUCGUUACUUGUGAUGAAAUUCCAUACAUAGAUUUAAGAGUUUGGUCUGAAUGUUGUGAUGGAUGUGAAGAUCAUAGUAAUACGAUUUCGAGAUUUAGACGUAGUGCAACUAAAUAUUUGCCAUCGAAAAACAUUUUUAAUGUGAAGAAUAUAAAUGCACAGAGUUAUAGCGAAAAACUUGAAUAUUUAGAGAAAAAAAUCGAAGAAACGGAGCAAGAAUCUAAAAAAAUUAGAGAUCUUGCAGAAUCUUUGUCUUAUAUGGUAAAAGAAUUGAAAUCUCUUUUAGAGGACGUGAAAAGAUCGAAAGAUCAAUAGAUGUGCCAUUGUUUCAAUAGGCAUUUGAUUUUAUUAUUUUAUAUCUAAAUUCGCUUCAUUUUAAAUAUUGCAUUAUUACAUCAUUGUACAUAUCUAAAGCCUGAUUGAAUUUAAAAAAAUUAAAUCCUUGUUGCUUUUAUAUCGGAUUUGAAUUUGUUAUUUAAGUGUUUAUUAUUAUCUCUAGUCUUAUAUCUGAUACUUUAAUAGUACUAAAAAGAGCUUAAUGAUAUUUAUAUAAGCAAUAGAGCUUAUUUACUUAUUGCGAUUUUUCAUAAUUUUUAUUUUGUAUUGCUUGAAUGGUAUAUAUAUACAUAUGUGUGUGUGCAUGCGCGCGCGCGCGUGUGUGUGUAUGUUUGACUUAGAUGAAAUAAUAAAAAUAUUUUAAUCGUAUUUUAUGCAGUAAUAUUUUUCCUUGUGAACAAUGCAAGAGUUUACAUAUCACUUCACUCUUUUCUCUUUUAUAUAGAUAAUAAAUAAAUAUCAUACUCAUUAUAUGUUAGUAAUAUAAAAAAACUUAUAUUAAUAAAUUUUGUUUAUCACAAAUAUUAAAUAAAAACAAAUCACAAAUACAAUUAUAAUUUAAUAUAUACAUUUUUAUAUUGAUUGCUAAUAUGUUGAAUAAUUAUAUUUUUAUGAUUUUGUGCCAUGUGUUAUCUUAUAUAUUAUGUACACAUUAACUUUUAUAAAAUUUCUAAAAGUAUUGUAGAAAAUAAUUAAUAAUAUUUUUUAAUAUCUAAAUUUUUUAAAAAUUUUUGUUAAAUAAAAAUAUCUACAGCAAAGAAUAGAUUAAUAUUUGAAGGAUAUUAUGAUGCAAUGUUCAAUAAAGAAAUUGUAUUCAUUUAUGUAAUGACAAAUAUACACAUUGAGACAGUACUAGAAUUUAAAUUUUAUAAUAUACUAUUGUACUAUCUAUUGUACUAUAUAUACAUAUUCACAUAUAAAGUGUUCAUUAAAUAUUAACAAUAUAUAAUAAUA